AUGUUUGGGGAUUUAUACCACUAUGCACUAGCACAGGCCAAAUUCGACGAGGUUUAUCGCCAGAAUCUUUCGAUUCGACUGCGCGAAGUCAUCAUAAAGUCCUGGACGUUGAUCGGCAUGCCUCGUGCCAUCGCUGCGUCUUACAGCCUCCAAGCUGCAGAUCAGACAGAUGAUGAAGCUGGCAACAUCCGGAGAGCCAAACUCAUAAACGAGCCGGGCCUCCCUUCUCAACGAUCACAAUCUUGGUUUAAGCAAGCUUUUCAGGACAUGGAGCCGAAGAUAUUUUCUCGCUUCAGCUACCAUAGUGAACUGGAAUGGACAUUACGAUACGUCGUCUAUGGCUACUUUUUAGGCGAUCUGAGUGUUCUCACUCCAAUCGAAAAUGAAUUUGUUGUCCUAGCUAGCGUGCUGCCUGCUGGAGGGUCACCAAGUGUCACUCACAUGAAAAUACUCCGGCAGCUAGGAGUGAGCGCGAGAGAUGGAGAAGUCUUUCUAGAUAUCUGCAAGAAAGUAUCACAGUGGGCGGGAGUCAACACCUCCAGUUGGCCGUCUUAUGAGGCGACUGAGUUAUGA